UUUAAAGGGAAAGCAAUGGCUUCAGCCUUUAUGUGUGGAGUUGAAGACUUUCUGAUCAGUGGCAGCCGGUUUGUUUGGGAUUUGACAAUCACUACUCUAAGGAAAUGGUACGGAGAGAGACUGAGGCACUGCCAGCAAGUCAUGAGGACGUGGUGUGGUCUGGGGGAUGUGUACCAGAUGUCCGAAGGCAGGCUCUGCCAGGUGCAUCUCCUGGAUGAGAGAAAACUGGAACUACUGGUUCAGCCAAAGCUUUUGUCACGAGAACUGUUGGAUUUGGUUGCAUCUCAUUUUAACCUCAAAGAAAAAGAAUACUUUGGAAUAAACUUUAUUGAUGAUACUGGCCAAUGUACCUGGCUCCAGCUGGAUCGCAAAGUACUAGAGCAUGAUUUUUCUAAGAAACCUGGACCCGUUGUCUUGAACUUCCUAGUCAGAUUUUACAUUGAGAGCAUAUCGUUCUUAAAAGACAAUACAACAGUGGAAUUAUUUUUUCUAAAUGCAAAAGCCUCCAUGUACAAGGAGGAUAUACAAGUGGAAAGUGAAACAGUAUUUAAAUUAGCUGCGUACACCUUGCAGGUAAGGGGUGUUUUUUGUUUUGAUGAAGGUGCAAGAGCAGAUCUCAAGAAACUGCCAGCUCUUCCUACCAAAGUUUUGAAGGAACAUCCAUCACUUGCUUACUGUGAAGACAGAGUGAUUGAGCAUUACAAGAAGCUGAAAGGUAUAACCCGUGGACAAGCAAUUGUACAGUAUUUAACUCUAGUGGAGUCCCUUCCUACUUAUGGUGUGCAUUAUUAUGAAGUAAAGGAUAAACAGGGACUACCUUGGUGGCUUGGGAUUAGUUAUAAAGGAAUUGGACAAUACGAUUUACAAGACAAGGUCAAACCGAGAAAGUUGUACCAGUGGAAGCAACUUGAGAAUCUGUAUUUCCGCGAGAAGAAGUUUGCUGUAGAAGUCAACGACCCACACAGAAGAACAGUUUCAAAACGUACUUUUGGACAGACCGGACUAGUGAUCCACACAUGGUAUGCAAGCCAUUCUCUGAUUAAGACCAUCUGGGUGAUGGCAAUCAGUCAACAUCAGUUUUACUUGGACAGAAAGCAAAGCAAAGCAAAAAUUCCAUCAGCAAGGAGUUUGGGAGAUAUCGCAAUGGACCUGACAGACAUGGGUGCCCCGAAGAGUUCAAAACUAACAAACCUGGAGGGGAAGAAUCCACUCAUCAUGGCCAGCAGUGGCAGUCUGAUCUCCUCAGGUUCCCAAGAUUCAGAGGUCAGUGAGGAGCAAAAGAAAGAGAAAAUAUCAGAACUCAGGAAAAAGGAAAAGGCUCUACAAGACAUUCUUGCUCAGAAAAUAGAAGAACUCAAGAAAAUUUGCCUGAGGGAAGCAGAAUUGACCGGUAAAUUGCCAAAGGAGUAUCCAUUGUCAACAGGGGACAAAACUCCAGCAAUAAGACGUCGAAUUGGCACAGCUUUUAAACUUGAUGAUUCUUUACCAAAUGAAGAGGAUCCCGAUUUGCAAAACCUGGAGAGUAGAUUUGCUCUUCAACAGAAAAUUGUGGAAGCUGCCAAGAAGCUUGCCAGUGAACCAGAAAUCUACAAAACUGUGAGGAAAAAAAGAAAGCAGAACUGUUAUGAUGCAGUGAAAAGACUGCAGGAGAUUGAGACUGCAAUCAAUGAAUACAGAAUCAAAUCUGGAAAGAAACCUACACAAAGAGCUUCACUCAUGCUACAAGAUGAUGUGAUUCCUUCAGAGACAAGCUCCCUGUCUGACAGCCUCACAUUGGAUGAUGAUGAGUCUCAGAGACCCCGGUCCAGAUCAGUUCAGUCUUCUCCAAAGCUCAAUGCCCCACACACUCUAGGAACGGAAUACAACAGACAGAGAAGAGCCUCUGCCUGUGAGCCUCAACACGGCAGGGAAAGGUUCAAUGAUGGUGGCAGUGUGCAGGUACCCCUGCAGUAUAAUCACAGAGAAGCCUUAUCAACACACAGCAGUCCUUACAAAACUCCAGCAAGACAGCCUCGUGAUGCGAGAAGCAUGCCUCCAACUCCAGUCAUGACUCGCAAUGCUUACAGCAGCAGUCAGUUACGCUCUGAUGGAACCCCUCAGCACUUUAGGCAACGCAGUGGGAGUUUGGAAUCCCAAACACAGCUGUUUUCUGAAACUGAACCUGAAAAGCCAAAGUUCACUCUCUCGCCAGCCAGAAGAAGCAACAGCACAGAGGUCCUGGAUGAUGGAUCCUCCUACACAAGCCAGUCCAGCACAGAAUAUCACAGCACAACCAGUAAAUCAGACCAGCACUAUCGCACACUAGAUUCUCGCACAAGGGACAAGAGGAGGCACAGGAAACAGAACAUGUAUGCAAACACAGGCAGCAUGCCAAAUCUAGCACAGAAUGGUUCGAGGCACUGUGUUUAUCAAACUGCACCACAUCAGCCUUCCCCUGCAUACUACGUUGCAGGAUACCCACCUUACACUGACUGUGAUCCUUACUCUAAUGGAGGAUACAUCUACGAAAAUGGGUCAGAGGGCCAUUAUAAUGUGAAUCCCACUUACCACACACCAGCCUAUUAUGGACAUGAAAGAUAUGGUCAUUACUAUGACAAGGAGAUGGAUCACCUCACCCAGAAUCCAUAUGCAACCAUAAGACCUCCUAGAAGUAGACCAGGUGCUAAAACCGAACACAUGGCCAAACACAUCCAGAAGGCACUAGUAGCAGAACAUCUCCGUGGGUGGUACAACCGCAACACCGGGUACAAAGACCAGAGCCAUAGCCUGCAGGCGGGCUAUGAAUAUGAAAGAGGAUCACAGCAAGGACUAGGCUAUCCUGCUAUGCCAGCAUCCUUCUCCCAAACCAGUAGAGCACCUUCGGUCUCUUCAGUUUCUUCAGCCACUAGCGCAGGAACCUGGAGGAGCCAGGUAACCGUUGGCCUUACAGACUAUGAUGUCCCUUUAAGCACUCCGCAGCCUUAUUUACGCUCGUACAGCGAUGUCUACAGCAGCAUGCCCACGCACAGCAGAUCAUAUAUUGAUGUGAAUCAAAUGGAAAACCCAGAAAGUAACCCAUUGGAAAACAGCUUAGACCCAGAUGACCAGUUGUUAUUUUGGCACGAGGAUUCCAAGCCUGGGACAAUAGUGUAACUAGUAGUUUACCAAUAGACAACAACUGUUCCCUGACCACGUUUCCUCGUUUUAUAAAGCUUUCAUUGUGUGCCUUGCACCACAGUUACCUACAACCAUUACCCUCCUACCCCUUACUGGUGCUGCUCACAAGCAUUGGUAAGAGACUGCUCUACAACAGUAUUUUACAACUAUGCAGAGAUGCAGCUGUGUGGUUAAGAGAGUUAGAAAACUUUGUUGGACGUGUAUGGUAAGUUGUACUGGCACUUGGAAAAUAUAUUAAAUUGCACUUUGAAAAAGAUUCUGAUGGUUUUGAAAAAAAGAAAAACUAUGCUGUAAAAAAGGGACUCAAUGCAAAUGAGCAUGGUCUGGAAAGACUAGGAAAUGGGAUGGAGAGACGGACUCGCGUGAGGUGUGCUUCAGUCAAGAUUGUAUUGAGACACAGCGGCACGUGUGUUGAAUGAUUUUGUGUGUUUUGGUACAAAGGAGGCCCCGACACAUUUUGAUAGAGCUAUUGAUAUGAAGGAUGACUUUAAUUGGAAAAGUACUUUUUAGAAUGAUUUAUAUGUGCAACAGUUGUCUGGUUGCAAACUCUUAAGAUACAGAGAAUUUGCUGGCAUCAAUUCAAGUUUACUGAUUAAAAUCAGUAUAUUGUAUUAUAUUUUGGUAAUGCCUGGUUCUAUACUUGUAACUACAUCCUGUAGUUAGCAUCAUCAUAUGACAAGAAAACUGCAAAAAAUAAACAAAAUCAAAAUACCUGUUUUAAUAAGAAUGAUCCAAAAAUGUGGAUGUCUGUGGAGCAUCUGAUUUUACCAUACCUUGUUUUCUAGUUGUAAUACUUAGUUUUGCUCCACUUAGUGUUAGAUAAAAAGGUUUAAAUCCUUAAAUGGUUCAUGCAUGAUCACACAAAUCAAGGAGUUUAAACUUUUGGCCUGCCAGUGUUUUUUAUUUUUUAUUAGUAUCCAACUAUACAAGAGGUGUAUCUUGCCUGGAAACAACAUUGAGGCGUUAUAUAAUCACUAGUUUUCAGUAUCGCUGCAAUAAAGAUUAAUAUAAGACAGUUAAAAAGCGAAUCAAGUACCUAUUCUGCUCAAAUCUAGAAGAAUCACGAGGGCUACACUACCUCAUACAAUCCAGUAACACCUCUGAUAAGGAGUUUCAGCUUGACAGUGUAAUACUGUGGCUUGUGUAUUUCAAGUACGUUUUUAAUACAAAAUCACACAUGUGUUUGUUAAACAGCUAUUCGUGCAUCCCAUGCUGGACUCCAUGGAAUGGUGCUGUUUCCUUACGUGAAAAGGAAUAUGUAACUACGUGUUAAUAAUGUAGAUAAGGAAAGUUUUUUGAUUUCCUUUUUUUUUGUUAAACAUUUUUAUUACCUGUGUUCAAAAAAGCAUGUAAUAUAUAGUACAAAAUAAAAUUUGGUAAGCUGGUUCUUAGUUAUUUGUAUCGUUAUAAUGCAUUUGAAUUCAUAUAGGGGAAUUUCAAAAGAAUAUGUCUUUAAAUUAUUCUUUUGCAUAUUUGUACAGAUUUCUUUAAAAACAACAAGCCUUUGUGUACUCUUUUACUAGUCAUGGCUGUACAACCUGUUUUGAAAUAGGAAGUCAAUAAAAAUGUGUGAAACAAA